AUGAAUGAAUCCAGGUGGACUGAAUGGAGCAUCCUGAACAUGAGCAGUGGCAUUGUGAAUGUGUCUGAACGUCACUCCUGCCCACUUGGAUUUGGCUACUACAGUGCAGUGGAUGUGUGCAUCUUUGAGACCGUUGUUAUUGUCUUGCUGACAUUUCUAAUCAUUGCCGGGAAUUUAACGGUCAUCUUUGUCUUUCACUGUGCUCCACUCCUGCACCAUUAUACUACCAGCUACUUUAUUCAGACAAUGGCAUAUGCUGAUCUUUUCGUUGGAGUUAGCUGCUUGGUUCCUACUCUCUCACUUCUUCACUACUCCACAGGUAUCCAUGAGUCAUUGACUUGCCAGGUUUUUGGAUAUAUCAUCUCCGUUCUAAAAAGUGUUUCUAUGGCAUGUCUUGCUUGCAUAAGUGUGGAUCGCUAUCUUGCAAUAACCAAGCCUCUUUCCUACAAUCAACUGGUCACCCCUUGUCGCCUGAGAAUUUGCAUUAUUUUAGUCUGGAUCUACUCUUGCCUAAUUUUCUUGCCUUCCUUUUUUGGCUGGGGGAAACCAGGGUACCACGGUGACAUUUUUGAAUGGUGUGCCACCUCCUGGCUCACCAGUGCCUAUUUUACUGGCUUUAUUGUUUGUUUACUUUAUGCUCCUGCUGCCUUUGUUGUCUGCUUCACUUACUUCCACAUCUUCAAAAUUUGCCGGCAGCACACCAAAGAGAUAAAUGACCGGAGGGCCCGAUUUCCUAGCCACGAGGUAGAUGCCCCUGGGGAGACUGGACACAGCCCUGACCGUCGCUACGCCAUGGUUUUGUUUCGGAUAACCAGUGUGUUUUACAUGCUGUGGCUCCCUUACAUAAUUUACUUUCUUCUAGAAAGCUCCCGGGUCUUGGACAAUCCAGCACUGUCCUUCCUAACAACCUGGCUUGCUAUAAGUAAUAGUUUUUGUAACUGUGUAAUCUAUAGCCUUUCCAACAGUGUUUUCCGGCUAGGCCUCCGAAGACUGUCCGAGACAAUGUGCACGUCUUGUAUGUGUGUGAAGGAUCAGGAAGCACGAGACCCCAAACCUCGGAAACGGGCUAAUUCCUGCUCCAUUUGA